AUGGCUUUAAAGCCUGAUCUGAAUCCAACAGCCAACGUCCAAAAUGUGGUAGUUUACGUUUCAAAUGACAAUUUCGCUCAAUCCUAUGCAGUCGAACACCAUCAGCAAAAUGUGCCCCAACAGGGAAACAUGCACCCUUCCGGGUAUCCUAACACCAGCCAUCCGAUGGCCCCCAUGACCCAAACAAAGAAUUUUGGAGAAAAACAACAAAUCUUCACUUCCAGCGGACAAAUAGUCAACACCAACACGCAAGGAGGUUAUUUCCAGAACGUCGGCUUUCCAAUUGGUUACCAAAAUGCGACCAAUAUUAAAAAUUGUGCUACCAACGAAGUUGAUAGGCAGCAAACAGGCCCCGGACGGCCUGACAACCUCAAACGCGAUGAUUGUGAUAAUAGAGAACGAUACAUAGACCCUUAUGUGACUAUUUUGAAUAACGAAGUACCUACACAAAGUGUUAGAUGUGAUUCAGUGCGUUCAGAGGCUGCCGAAUCGAGUUGCAGCAGUCUGAGCUCCAGUGAUGAAGGAAUGGUUAUUGUACAAAAUCAUUCCUCGGACAUGGUUGUGUACGAUUCCAGUUUGAGUGUGCGACCUGGUGGGGUUGUAUUAGUUGCACCACAGCAUGCCCAAGGCAAUGCUUUGGUUGGGAUUAAUCAACCUCAGCAUACCACUGUACCUUAUGGCUGGAAGAGACUACUUAACAAUGGAUCUAUUAUUUAUAUUAGUCCCAGUAAUACAGCUUUAAGUUCUUUGGAACAAGUGAAGGAGUACUUGCUUACAUCUGGGACGUGCAAGUGCGGCCUUGAGUGUCACUUUAAGUACGACACUGUUUUUAAUUUUGAUCCCAAGGUGAUUGCGAAGCCAUGGGUUAUGUCGCCGGACACUAAUACGGGGGACCUGACAAAAUUGUGCAACCAUAAACGAAAAAUAAUGGCCAUGGCCUCGUUAGAUUCUAAACCACCCGACCUGGAGGGUAAAAUGAGGAAAGAUCUGGAUAAAAUCAAGGCCUCUUCCAACGGAAAGGACGAAAUAAUUCUUGAACUAAAAGAACAAAUAAAGAAGUGUCAAAAACCACUAUUAGCAGAAAUUUCUAAAUUGGAAAACGAAUUACAAAAACAAGACGUAGACCUAAAAAUAUAUGAACAAAGUAAACAGCUAGAAGAAUUAAAUGAAGAAAUAUCUGACCUACAUCAACAAAAAGAGGUGCUAGAGAAGAAAAUGUCUAAUGCUAAGGAGGAGUGCUGCAAAUUUAAAGAAAAAGUGGAAGAACUGAAACUACUAAACACGGAAAUGCUGAAAAGUCUGAAAAACAAAUGUACAGAGAGGAAAUAUUUAGUUUAG